AGGCACUCUUUUACUGCGAGAUCAUGUUGUAAGUACCAGGAGUCAGUAUACUAGAAGAAGUUGAUGCUUGACUGUGCGUAUGACAAGUGGUCACACCUUCCACUUUAACAUCAAGUACAACAAGAAAUCGCACUACUUUCGGAUACUUAAGCAAAAGCGAAAAAAAAAUGAAGUUCCUCAAUGGUGGUGACCUGUCGUUUUUCGACUUGGAGAAACUUAUGUUUGAAGGCGGCCUCAAAAAGAGUGGUGCUGGUCAAAAAAGAAGGCGAGUAGACCCAAAAAUCCUGCAACCACCUCCAGCCGCUGCACCUCCCAGUUCCAGUUCAAGAGGGGGCUUCCCCUACGGCCCUGGUCCAGCCCCCUUACCAGGAGGCCCGCCACAUCACGGACAUCAACAGAACCAACAUCGCCAACUCUUCUCAACAGGAGAUAGGUCCGCAACAGGCGGCUCCUCUAGAUCAAAAUUCGAACUCACGGCAGUGGUCAGUAAUGUACCAAAGCAUGCGCAGAUGGAGGACUUGUUUCAGUUUUUCAACGACAAGUGUGGCCGCGUAGUGGAUAUCAAGUUCGUGCCUGGAAAUCUGACGAUAGCUUGUGUCCAAUUCGCCGAACAAAAAGCGAUGGAUAAAGCAGUAAGCGGGUUAGGGAAUCCGGUAAUUGCGGGAUCAGAAGUGAAAAUUCGUCCAAGUCUCGAGAUCAAAGAAGAAAUGGCGCACCGACCGAAAAGACAAGUAUUCGGUGAGCAGGGUGGAGGCGAGAAGAGUCGGAUGUGUCGCGUGACCGGUUUCGCAAACUUGCAGCAAGUGAAUAAGGAGGAUGUACUGCUUUUAUCUGCUUGAUCAUUUUUUUUUGUUUUUGUUACCUGGAGGUCAUUAAUCUAAAUUAGAUUUAUUCUACUCAGUCAUAGCAUCUGUCACUGUCGGUGAAUGGCAAUAAAUAUAAUUUGAAACUACAUCUACUGCGUCCUGCGUCAUCAAUCGUUAAUAAGCAUCAUCCUCUCACCCCCACAUCACAGAUCCACCGUAUGUUCGUUAAGUACGGUGAUAUAGAGCAGAUUAUCACGAGACUCGAUGGGAUGGAAGUCGUCUACAGAACUGGCGCCAACGCCUCUCAGGCUGUACAAGCGAUGAACGGCUUCAUUUUCCGGGGAGACGAAUUGAAGGUUAGUCAAAAUGACAUAGUUCCUAUUGCAAGGCCGCAAGAUCUGCCUCAGGGUAUGCGAGGGACAUAGUUGUGCCGAUUUUUGUGCAGCUGCGAGAUAUGUCCCAUCACUUUCCCCCCCCGCCCCCGAACCAAACCCAAAACAACACCUUAUUACUUUUCCCUAGAGUAUAGUGCUCUGCACGAAAGAUUUCAAUCUGAAGAC